UUUCCUUCCUCUCUCUCUCUCUCAACCGUCCACGCUUCUCCCUCACACCUCCCUCCCACCACCUCCAUGGACUCAAAACCCAAACCCUAGAAAAAGAAAAAAGGAAGAAAAAUCCCACACCUCUCUGCUCUCCUCUAACCUGCGCGGAUGGAGAACUACUCCUACUCCUCCUACCCAGACUCCGGCGACUCCUCACCGAGGUCACGUGAGAUCGACUGCGAGAACGCCUCCUUCGACGAGCCGCUUCCUCCCAACUACAAGGUGAAAUUCAUGUGUAGCUAUGGCGGCAAGAUCCAGCCCCGGCCUUUCGACAAUCAGCUGUCCUACGUUGGUGGGGACACGAAGAUCAUGGCUGUUGAUCGCCACAUCCGCUUUCCAACUCUCAUCUCCAAGCUCAACUCCCUUAUCGACACCGAAGAUCCCUCCUCCAUCUGCUUCAAGUAUCAGCUCCCGGGCGAAGAUCUCGACGCUCUCAUCUCCGUCACCAACGACGAGGAUCUUGAGCACUUGAUGCUCGAGUACGACCGUCUCCACCGCGCUUCGUCCAAACCUGCUCGCCUCCGCCUCUUCCUCUUCUCCGUCAGCCCUCCGAUCUCCGCCCCAGCCUCCGAUCCCAAGUCCGACCGGCAGUGGUUUGUCGACGCGCUGAAUUCCGCGCCGACUCCUCCGCCGAUCCAAUCGAUCGAUGUUUCGUCGCCGCCUGCUGCCGUCGGUACUCCCGAUUUUCUGUUCGGGUUUGAUAAGUCGUCCGCUGCCGCUGCUGCUGCGGCGGGGAAAUUGCAAGAUCAGGCGGUGGAAUCGACGGUCGUGGAGACUGCCCCGUUGGAGAAUCUGGCUGGAUCGGAGCUAGCGAAGGAGGUCGCGGCGGAAUCAGCAGCCGAGAUCCAGCGGCAGAUCCAGGAUCUGCACAGAAUGCAGAUCGCGAACCAAGAACAGGGGGUUUUCCAGCGGCGGAGCGACGAGGGCCUGCCGAGGGCUUUCCCCGGGGAUUUCUACAUUCAGAAGCCGCCGGAGAAGACGGUGCCACCGCCCGCGCCUGCGCCGGCGCCUGCGCCCGCGCCGGUGCCGGCGCCGGCAACCGUCCCGGUCCCGACCGCUGUUCCGCAGGGCUACUGGCAAGAGAGGCAGAUGAUGCAAGCCAGCGGCUAUGCCCCCGCAGCGGCGACGGGCGUGGACCAGCCGGUCUACUUCGUGUCAUCGCCGGCGGGGGUUUAUCAACCCGCGCCCGUACGCCCGGUGACCAGCCAGGUCGGUCAGGGGUACUACGUGCAGAGGAUGGUGCCAGACGUUUACCGGGAACAGGCGGUGUACAGCAUGGGCCCACCCCCGCCAGCCGUGCAGAAGGUGGGGCCGGGGCCGUACGUCGAUGGGGGCAUGGGGGUCGUACGGCCUCAGGUUGCCGAUGCGGGGGCGUAUGCGCAGAUGGCUUACGAUAGCGCAGGAAGGCAGCUAUACUACACUACGCCAGGGGGUGUAAUGCCCGCGUACCAGACGAUGGCAGCAGCUACAACCAACGUGGACGUGAGACAGGCUGGUGGGGCCUUGAAUCCGGAGGGAAAGGUGGGUAAGCCUACAACUCAAGCUUCUUGAUAUUCACCUAUGGGCUUUUUUUAAGUGUCUAUUUGUAGUUUGGCUUUCUGGUUUGGUAUAUAUAUGUGGAGAAAACAAGAUAUUAAUAUAUUAUAUUAAUUGGCAUUUGAUUUUAGAAUAA